AUGUCCUUCGCUACUACUAAUCGAUCCGGGGAGAAGCCCUCCUCGCUAGCGUGUCUGGCAUGUCGGAGGAAGCAUCUCAAAUGCGACGGUGUGAUGCCAAUAUGUGGACGGUGCCGCAAAGGCCAGCUUGGAUGUCACUACACCCCUUCUCGUCGAGGAUAUAAACCAGGUUCUAGAAACCAGUAUGCAGUAUCAUAUACUCCUGUGCCACUGUUGACCCCCUCUUCCGAAUAUACCGCCCCGGCCACCUUACAGUUGACGCCGCAACUCUCGACCUUCUCUUUCGUCAGCACACCUCUUCCAGGCACUGUUUCGGCGGCGGAGGAUUUCUCCUCAGACCAGAGCAGCUCAGUUCCCACCUGGCAGACGACAGAUCAUCAUAGCAAUAACACUCAUAGCAGCAGCAACGGCAACAACAGCAACCAUAAUGGCCUCUAUAACCAGACCCCAAUAUGCGUGGAUAAACCCGUUGCGACUGCAGCGGCUGCUCCGGGGCUGGCGGGAGGGAGCCAGUAUGGCGUCACGGACUUACAAGGGGACUCGUACCUUUUCGAUUUCUACUAUGCGUACUUUCACGACUCUCAUCCUAUACUACCGCCCGCGCACUUCUUGUCUCGCCUGUAUCCACUUCCCACCUGCCUGGAAGCUACCCUCAAGUUCAUAGGCGCACAUUUUGUUUCCGGCGUAUCCCCGGAUGCAUACAGGCCGGCCGUCAUCUCGUCGAUUGCGAAAAGUGAGGUAUCUUGCUAUAAAGUCCAGUCUCUGCUGCUACUUUCCAUCACCUUGCAUGGACGUAAUGAGCGAGCAGAGGGAGUCAAAGCCUUCACAGAGGCAGCAGGUCUAGCAAUGAAGUUGGGGAUGAACAUGAGAACGUUUGCCCCUAGUGUUGUAGGCGAAGAUGCUGUCCUGUGUGAAAACAUAAGACGGACGUGGUGGGAGGUGUAUAUGAUUGAUGCGAUGUUUUCCGGGUUCGACCAGACCCCUUGCCAAAUUUCAAGCAGCGUCAUCAUGGAUGUUCCCCUCCCAUGUGAUGACCUCAGCUAUUCAGCCGGCAUAUACCUGACCGAAUCACCCACUGCCGCUCAAUUCUAUGACAGAAUCUUCGAGGACGAAGACGGGAGCAACGAGUACUCGUCCUAUUGCCAUGCAAUCGAGGCGUCGAGAGUAUUGAAACGUACUCUCGACCUCACCUAUGCUCCAGAAGACCCUGAAUAUGACCAGAUAGAGUCUAUAGAUGCAAGUAUUGGCAGUUGGUUCCAUCAUCUCCCACCUUCGAGGCGCGAUAUUCUUGCAGUAGACGACCAAGUGGACCAAGUUAUGUUCCGUGCCUUCAUGAUAAUUCACUGCGCAUCGAUAUACUUGCAUACUCCUCAGUCGAACUUGUUGUCCACCCCUGUAGCCAUGUCGAGCAUUCCCUGUGCCAGACGCUGGAUACGGUUGCUCAGAACGAACUCUUCCUCCAACCUAACCCAUGCUAUCAAGUCGAUCAAGGCUGCCAAUGGCCUGGCAAACCUUGCAGCCCUGAGGUCACCAAGCAUAAAGCAUUCGCCUUUCUUCAUUUGCGGCAUGGUGCUGAGUGCACUUGUGCAGCUCUGCGCAUGCUCCAUUCGCGCGUCGGAUACGCUGGAACCUCGCCGGGAUCGUAUUGCGCUGCUUAUAGGGGAGCUUAAGGCCUUGGGUCCGACAUGGUCGAUAUCCAGACUGGUAAUGCGGCAUAUAAAGAUGGUUGCAAGGGAGGUGCUUGAUAUUGGCGUCCGACCACCAUCUUAUUCGACUGUCGAAGACGCUGGUCCUGAUAUUGCUACCAUUGUCAAUAAUGAUAUAUGGCUAGGUGAUAUUCCGGUUGAGUAG